AUGAAGAUCAGUGAGAGGCUCAAGGAGGAGGGGAACAAGCUUUACACGAGCGGGCAGUGGUCGGACGCCGUUGACAAGUACGAGGAGGCCUGCACCUUGAUACACUACUGCUACAGCACCGACCCAGGCUGGCGCAAGAACAACCGCGGCAUCGACGACGACGUGAUAGUCUUCGUCGACGACACCGGCUCCACCGAGGAGGAGGCCGCGCAGCAGCGCCGGCACCGGCUCACGUGUGCGCUGAACAUCGCGGCCUGCAAGCAGAAGCUUGAGAAAUAUGACGAAGUCAUCGUUGCUUGCAACGUCUGCCUGGAGCUGGACCCGCGCAACGUCAAGGCCCUGUACAGGCGGGCCGAGGCACGGAUAAGGCCGUCGAAGGCCACAGCAUACGAUCACGAUCUCGCGAUCACAGAUCUCGCCCGAGCUCAGGAGGCCGAUCCGCAGAACCAGGAAAUCAAGAAGCUCUUGUCGAGGCUGCGGGCCGAGAGGAAGGUUCAGCGCUCCAAGGAUGCAGAGACUUUCACUGGCAUGUUCGAUCGUGGGCAAGUCUAUAGGAAGGAGGACGAGGAAAACUUGGACACUGUCCGUGGGCUGGUGCCGAAGCAAAACGAGGCCGACAUGAGCGCCAUCCAGGAGAGGAUCGAGGGCAUCUCCGACGAUGACCCUCUGGAAAAGCGGUGCGCCGACGCCGAGCUGUUGCGCGACAUGUACAUGCGGAACGGCAAGGAGGAAGAGGCCAGGGAGCUCAACGAGAAGAUUGAGCAGGCGAAGCAGGCGAUCCGCCAGCAGCGGAACCCAGAGCCGGCCCAGCAGCAGAAAGUCGAUUGGAACGCUCCGACGCCGGAGAUGAUCGAGGAUGCGAAGAAGUAUGGCUUGGACCUCACUGACCCCGCGAUCAUCGAAGAGCUGAAGCGGAUGGAGAAGGACGGCAUCCCGCCCGAGGGCUCCGACGACGCUCCCGGCGCGUCGUCCGCUGGCGGGCUGGGCUUCGGCGCGUUCGUGGAUCACCCGUCGAAGAUGCCCGACGGGCCUCCAGUGCCGUGGAUGAGUUACCUGGUGCUUUUCGCCGCCGUCUUCGGCGCGUGGCGGCUGGUGCACGCGGGUCUCCUCCGAUGGGCCGUCCUCCUGGCCUACAGGCGCACGGCUGGCGCGGUGUCGGCGCUCUCCUCAAGGGGCCCCGAGGAGCCUGGCGCGGAAGAGGAGCGGAGCGGCGUCUUCGCGACCGCGUGGCGGAUGCUCUUCGCCAGGGACCGUGAAGAGGACGACGAGGAGCUGUGA